AUCUAUUCUGUGUAAUGAUGUUCUUAUUUCUUAUGAUCAGAUUUGCAAACCCACUUUCAUUUCGUCACCAUGGAUUUGAGUAUAACGAUACAAGGAUUGAAGGAGAUGCUGUUUUGUCACAAUCAGAAAUCCAACUCACUAAAACCACCAGAUAUCAGAGCAAUGCUUACAGUGUUGGGAGAGUCACCAGUUUUGAAAGAUUGCACCUUUGGGACAACAUCACAGGAAAACUGACCGAUUUCACUACCCAAUUUUCCUUUGUCAUUUUCUCAAACGAGACUAGUUUUGGAGAUGGCUUGGCUUUUUUCUUAGCAGAUCCAGGGCUUCCUCUUUCGAAUCAAAUACAACAAGGUGGUGGUCUUGGUCUUCUGGAUGGUAACCAGUUAUUGAAUUCAGCUAAGCAUCCAUUUGUAGCUGUGGAGUUUGACACAUUCCAAAAUUCAUGGGAUCCACCUGGCACUCAUGUAGGUAUAAAUUUCAACUCCAUGAAAUCUAACAAAACUGUUCCAUGGUCCCUUGAUAUUAGGCAAAUGAAAGUUUGUUAUUGUGUGAUUGAGUACAAUGCAACUACUCAAAUUUUAAAUGUUUCUUUCUCUGGAAAUGCCAAGCCAACAAAAAGAUAUAUCUCAUGCAAUGUUGACCUGAGAUAUUACCUACCAGAUUGGGUUAUAUUUGGUUUCUCAGCUGCUACAGGAGUUAUGUUUGAGUUGAACACACUGCUGUCAUGGUCAUUCCAUUCAACUUUACAAAGUAAUAAGAAUCUCUCAAAUAAGAUACCUCCAAUUGCAGUCUCACCAAGCCCAAAUCCUAGUCCUUCACCAUUUUCCACUGACACUAUUAGAUCUAAACAAGAGGGAAACAAAGGUUUAUUGAUGGGACUAGAAGUUGGUGUAGGCAUAGCUGCAACUUUCCUUAUUUUAGGGUUGGUUUGUGUUUUAAUGUGGAAGAGGAGGGCUAAAGGGAAAAGAGAAGAUUCAAUUCUUGAUCUGAGCAUGGAUGAUGAAUUCCAAAAGGGCAUUGGACCCAAAAGAUUUUGCUAUAAGGAAUUGGCAACUGCAACAAGAAACUUUGCAGAGUCACAAAAGAUUGGACAAGGUGGUUUUGGGGGUGUGUAUAAAGGCUAUUUGAAAGAAUUGAACACCAACGUUGCUAUAAAGAGGAUAUCAAGAGAAUCUAAACAAGGAGCAAAGGAAUAUGCAAGUGAAGUUAAGAUCAUCAGCAGACUAAGGCACAGGAAUUUAGUGCAAUUAAUUGGUUGGUGCCACAUGAAGAAAGAUCUCCUUCUUAUAUAUGAGUUCAUGCAAAAUGGUAGCUUAGAUUCCCAUCUAUACAGUGGAAAAAGCAUCUUGACAUGGCAGAUGAGGUACAACAUUGCCAUGGACUUGGCUCUGGCAGUGUUGUACCUUCAUGAAGAAUGGGAGCAGUGUGUGCUUCAUAGGGACAUUAAAUCCAGCAACAUUAUGUUGGAUUCAAAUUUCAAUGCUAAGCUUGGGGAUUUUGGCUUAGCCAGGCUUGUUGAUCAUGAGAAAGGAUCCCAAACUACAAUUCUAGCAGGGACAAGAGGCUACAUAGCCCCGGAAUACUUCACUACAGGGAAGGCUAGGAAGGAAUCUGAUAUAUACAGUCUUGGGAUUGUUUUACUGGAAUUAGCCACUGGAAGAAAACCAGUUGACCUGAAUGCCAUGGAAGGCCAAAUAACCAUAUUUGAGUGGGUUUGGGAGCUCCACCAAUUGGGAAAGUUACUUGAAGUGGUAGACAAAAAGCUUGGAGGAGCAUUUGAUGAGGAACAGAUGAAACGUUUAGUGAUUGUUGGCCUUUGGUGUGCCAAUCCAGAUCAUACAUCCAGACCAUCAGUAAGGCAAUUGAUUCAAGUGCUUAAGUUUGAAGCUCCUUUACCAGUUCUUCAACAAAAAUUGUCUGAACCUUAUUAUCAUUCUCCAACUAUGAGUACAAUAUUUGCUUCAAUUUCUUCUCCCUACACGUUAGAACCAAAUACAAUGUAA